CAGCACAGGAACUGCGUUAGGUGAAAACAUUCAGUCUGUAAAGUUUGUUCAUGCAUAUAAUCCUACCCACAUUGAGUGGGAUUGAGUUUCUUUUUCUGGGAAAUUUAGUUACAAACUCUGUAUCCUUUUUUUUUUUGCUCUUUACCUGCCACUUCAAUAAUUGGAGCAGCGUUGGGUGUGCAGGAUGGUGCAGCAAAGUGGGAAGAAGGCAAGUUUUAAUCAAAAGUUGUUAGCCGUACUUGACAUACCCGGCCUAAAGUGUAUAUUUGAUCGCGAGAAACAUCUACUCGAAAGGUUAUUUUGGUUGCUCAUUAUCAUGGCGGCGAUACGGGGCAUGCUGUUUCUCGGCCAGUAUCAGUACGACCGCUACCGGGCUAACCCGACCGCGAUCCAGAUGGACAAAAACUACCGCGACUGGAUCGGCAUUAUGCCGGGCUUAACGUUCUGCUUUCACGACCGGAUCGACUGGAACCGGGCCUGGGAGUAUCUGGAGCGGUAAGAUAAUAAUUAAGAUUACCACCUUUGACGAGCGAAGGAGGAGCGUACGAACCACACCGUGUUGUGGGGCGCCAUUGUGCUGCCACCGAUAUUGGGCAGUAAAGAUAUUUUUAGCACAAUUUCCCUUUUUUUGCGAGCCUGGUAGCGUUUCCUCUUACACCAACACACCCGAAAAGUGGUUGGCAAAUUAUGAACUGGUCUAAACGGCGGUGGGUGUGUACUUUUGCUGUUCUUGUUUUUGCCGCUUUAAAUGUUUCUCUUUUGUUUUGUUUCCCAUUCUCAUGCUGUGAUACCAGGGACCAGGGCGAAAACAAAAAAUCCCUAACAAGCCCGAACGAAAUACACGCAACAUUGAACGCUUUGGGGAAAUGUGCAAUUACUGCAUACUUAGCAGCGUUUGCCAUCGCCGCUAAAAGCAUUCAACCGUUGCCCAUUUCGCCCACCAACUGGGACGGCCAAUUGUGCGCGAAAUGUUUGCUACCGCUUCGGUGAAAGUAUUUCCGUAAUAAUUUUCUAAUCAUAACAACCCGGUUUUGAGUGGGAAGAGUUUCGAAACAGAUUGUCGGUGGAUUGUUUUAGCAAAGUUACUUUUUUUGCGCGCUAAAAAAGUAAUUUUAGUUAUUUUAUUUCAAAUCUUUCAGGCGUAUUAAUAAGAUACAAUAAAACACAAAAAUGACCGUUCAAUUAUACAAUUAAGUCUCAUUGGUUUUAGUUUUAGCAAAAUGUAUUGUCCCUCCUAGCUUAUCGUACUGAACGCACAAAAGUAUGCAAAAUAAUGUCAUUCUUUUAAAAUCAAGAUCGAUUAUUUCUAUUAGGCCUUACUGAGCCCCUUAAGAUAUGCAAUAUGCAUUACCGAUUUUUUUUCUAUUUUAAGUAGAAAAUUACAUUCUGCUUCUUAGCACAGAAUCCCAUUUCAAAAUUAUUUCUUAUGAACAUUGUGUUAGAAUCUUUUCCACCUAAAAUGAAAAAAUAAUAAAAUUGUGUAUCUUGCAUACAUCUAGGCGUUAGCUCUGAAAACACGUUUCAGCUUUGUUUUAUUUAACAAGAUACAGUUCAUUAAACAUUAAUCAUCCUAUAGUUCCAUUCAUCCUCAACCUUACCACCGCAUCUAAUGUAACCAAGCCCACAAAUUAAACCGAUGCUCUCCACUACCGCCACAAUGGCACACUAUCCCGUUUAAAAAGCCUUCACGGAACCGAAAACUGUCAUACCCAAAUCCCAAAAAUCGCUUUUUGUCCUCGCUAAUCGGAGCGUACGGAGGACCUAGAGAGAGAAAAAAAGAACCACGCCUGGAACGGUGCCAAAAUCUCGACUGCCAGCUCCAUUAACAAUGCUGCUCAACAUCAAACGCAGACGGUUUCAUCUUUGGCACGUCUAAUUAUAACUUGCCACCGGCAUUGGCACCACGCCCGACUUCCCAAGCCAAUGGGGUGAGAGCACUGCUCUCACGCCCAACGCAGCCUCAGCUUUCCAUUUCGCACAAAGUAAGACUUCCUUCCACUUUAGCAUUCAGCUUACCGGCCACGAAGCCACUCGGGAGGGCUUAGCGGCGAAUGAGACCACCGGGACGUACCGGCGCUACCUUGCCGACUUUGUCCAAACGCUUGUCGGUGUGACGGCCACCGAGCUGGGCAAUCUGUCGCACUUUCUCACCGACCGCCGGCUGGCCACGGGCGUGAAUAUUCUCGAGCUAAUCAGCACGGUGCACCCGAAUCACGAUAUCGCCAUCAACAGCUUCCAGCCCGAGCACGGUGCGCGGCUGCAGGUGCAUCAGAUUGUUACCGAGCGCGGCAUCUGCUACGCGCUGAAUGCACCGCUCGCCCUCCUGCAGGGCGUCAACGGGACGAGCGGGUAAGCAGCCAGCCAGACGGUUGCUUAAUAAUUUAAUAACCACUCGUAAAGAUUGUCACCGUGCUGUCUUGUGGCACGGUUAGUUCGUAUUUUUGGACGGAUGUUAAAACGGUUGCCAUUUCAAUUAUGUGCUGUGAACUAUCUUAAAAGCUCAUCAUCGUGGUUUUAAUGACUUAAUUUGAAGGAUGUUUUUGAAGUGUAUUUGGGAUGCGUUGAGGCAAAGUGUACAAUAGAACAGCGGUAGGAUAUUGGACGAUUUUUACAGAACUUAUUUCGAACAGAAAGCCUUUCAAACCAAUAUUGCGCCUAAAUGUAUGUAAUUAGGCACGACGUGAGCAAAGAUAGCUAAAACACCCUUGAAAGAUGUCUUAUAACGAAUAAGUAAACUGUAGUUUUAGAAACAGUAUAAGACAGCAUAUCAAAGAUACAGAUAGGAGAUACAGUUACUAGCCAAAAAAUGUUAGUGUUUUAAUUUUAAAUUAACCUUUUACAUUAAAUUAACAUAAAGCCAUGAGCUAAUUGUGCAGCCUUUUCUAUAAGAAAGUGUGUUACAUAUGUUGCCUUAACCUUAAAACUAACACCUUCAACAGCAAGUUUGACAGCUCACGUGUUCCAUAUACUCCCGUACCACAAACCAGCUCAUCCAAAUCACGAACACUUUCCGAAAACUUUCCACAAAACCCAUCAACUCCAUUUUUGCGAUAACAAUGUGUGAACUCAUCAAGUAAACCAUAGUGGUGAGCGUACUUUCUGCCUGACAACUUACGUAUCCUGGAUGGGUUAACAAUGUCCAGUGCCUUCCAAUGUAUCUUCAUCCUUUUGCUCAACAUGGAUGAAUCUUUAACAUUUAUACAGUUUGCACGUUUUUCGACCCUAGGCAGGUGGCUUCGGGGAAAGGCUUUCCCGGCUGGAGCCCCAUAGAGUGUGAGUUCAGCCAGCACGAGUGCUACAUGAAGCUCGACAUGUUCCGCUCAAUAGUAUCGUACACCAUACACUCGCCGUACGAGGUGUCCACCAGCGAUCAGCUGUUCACCCAUGUGGAGGAGUCGGAUGAGCUGGUUGCCGUCUACAGUGUGCUCGAGACGGUUGCCAACGAGCGGCUGAAGGAUCUGACGGUACGACAGCGCAAAUGUUACUUUUACGAUGAAGCAUAUGAAAAUUUGCAGUUCUACAGCUACAACCUCUGCAUCAUGAACUGCCGGGCAAAGCGGGCACUCGCCGUCUGUCAGUGUCGGCCCCACUUUUACCCAUUCGCCGAGGGGCCACCGUGCACCGUGGCUGGGCUGCACUGCCUGCAGCAGCAUCCCGGCUGGAGCAGCGAUGCGGACUGCAAAUGUUUAAAGUCAUGCACUGACGUGGGCUAUUACGUUGCGUCGCUCAGCAAAACGCAGUGGACGGCCGAAGGAGGCAUACCGUUCACGCACAAAGCAUCGUUACGGUGGGAAAUCCUCCAGCCCAAGACGCGACUCCGGCGGGUGCUCAUCUUCAGCUACGAAGAUUUGCUUGUAUCGGUCGGUGGUGCGAUAGCGUUGUUUUUUGGAAAGAAUGGGUUUUACUUGUCAAAAAUUAUAGAAUUUCUAUCCAUCGAGCUGGGCGGUUGGGUCCGGAAGAAGUACAUCAAGCGCAAAGAAAGAAAGAGAAAACGAAAACAUGCUAUACAAUUAGUUGCUCCCAAGUAGAAACGCAUUGAAAUAAUACAGUAUUUCGUUGAUCGAUCUGGA